AAUCGCGGCACAGGCGAAGAGGAAUCGCCGAGUAAAGCGGGGGUGGCUGGAUCACGCUAGGAAAUUUCCUAAGCGUGGAGAAAGAUAUGCAGAUCGAGUUUUCUCGACGUUCAAUUUCGAGCUUACCUGCGUGUCCCAUUGAUGACGUUCUCGUACCACGCAUACCGUGGUUAAGUGAAAGAAAAGGGGGGGCAGAUGGAGAAAAAAAUGCAGUAGAACUCAAAAAAAGCAUGCGGCAGCACGGGUGCCAGGCGCCCGAGACGAGGGACAAUGGCCACACCCCGGCAGUCCGUUGCAGCUUUCUCCUGCAACCGACGGGCAUAACAAAGGUGGAGGAUAAAGCGGUUACGGGCUAUUCCGCACCGUGGUAUACGUAGCACGCACCUACUAUGUGCGUGCACACCUCGCCUCCUCUGCGGGGUUUUUACACAUAUUCGUGUAUGCUGUAGAAUUAUUCGUAUUCCGGGUAUCGCGGCUUGCACCGCUGCGCUAUUGCACGAGCUGCUGUAGUCAGGUGUAUCGCAUGAGAUUGAGAAGAAAUUCGAACACGGAAUCCGCCGCAACGAAACCCGUACAACGAAUUCGCGGAUAUAAUUCAUGGUGCAGAUUCACGCGACGUAUUCUGAGCUGGUUUCACUUUACCGUGGAAAGGCGAGUAGCGAAACUAUUACACGGUCGCGGUUCAUCAAUGUUGAAAAGCUCCGUGGUAAUAAAACCUGCGGGACACGGCUUGAUGUCAACUUAUAUCUACAGGCACCAGGGUUAAGGGACCAUCCUGCGGCAGGAUGUACGGAGAACAAGGAAUUCCAGCUGCUGAUCGUCCUGCAGUUUGCGUCAACGGGUUUUGGAAGCAGUCGUAUAGCUGCGGGCGAAUCGACGACCCUCGGGGAAUUCUCCUUCAUUCUAUCUCUGGGACUGACCUCCUGGGCAAACGUUUACCAUUUGCACUACUGCGCCGGAUUCGUUGUCACUGAAAGCUGGGUUAUCACUGCUGCCCAUUGUGUCGAGGACGCCGUUCAAGAUGUGGGACGCUACUAUUGGCUGGCUGGGACAAACAAUUUGCGCCAAGGAGGCACCCAGUACUUCAUCGGUCAGAUCGUCAUUCAUCCCGAUUACGCCCCGGAUGAUUCUCUGAUACACGACGUCGCCUUGGUCAAGGUGAGAAGUCCGUUUGAAUUUUCAAAUACAAUUCAGCCAAUCGGGCUAGCGAGGUCAAGUGCUGAGUCUACAUCAGGGACUCGCGGUGUUGUCGUCGGAUGGGGUGAAGUUUCGCAGACGGUGAUACAACCCGAUGUUUUGCGAAGCGCCGAAGUUACGAUCAUCGACGGAGAUCUCUGCCGCGAAAUAUACGCACCUUGGCACCUGACCAUUCACGAGGAAUAUCAAUUCUGCGCUUUAUCUACCAACGACGAAGCGAAAACAGAGGCGAGGACCGAUUCUCAAAUGAAACUUGAUCGUAGGGCAUGCCGCGGAGACGAAGGAGGGCCCUUCUUUUAUAGGGACCUUCACCCUUCGUUCGCCGUGGACACUGCCAUGGGAUUCGUGUCGUGGACCUAUGGCUGCACGCCCUCAGGCUAUCCGGCUGUAUACGUAAAAAUAUCCCCCUACUUGGAAUGGAUACGUGAAAUUACGGCCUCGUGGAUAUAAUGUAUAAGUUUUGUUAUUUAUGUUGAUAUAAUGUAUAAGCAUUGUUUAUUUAUGAUGUUAAACCAUGUGAUUAAAUUGUUUUUCAUCACAUUACGCGAUCGAUCCUUAGCGUUUGAUGAUUAUCAC